AUGAGAGCUGCAUCAACCACUACUGCAUCCCUUAAAGAUCGCAUCAAGGCGAGCGAAAGGCUGGAAUGGAGAAAGAUCCGGGAUCUCGGUAAAGAAGCUGCUGAGCUCGAACUUCAUCUACUUCGGUGUGACGACCUGAAGAAGCUUGCCGUUGCCUAUUGCGAUUUUCCGACUAUUCAGCAAACAAAAAAGAAGCUCGGGUUUCUUAAAGCACGGCUGUGUGAGAUACGGUCGACCCUUUCCCAUCAAGAGAAAGUACUGGAAGAGAUGGAAGCUAUCUUACAAGAAGAAAUCCGUGUACUGGAACGACGGAAGCAUCAAGCGCUGAUAGAGCAUGACUACGAGGCAGCCAGUAAGGCAUCAAAUCGAAUGCUAGCAUUUCUCUCUGAAUACGCCGUGGUUGAGCAGACCAGUCGGGCUUGCCGGACCUUCAAGACGAAAACGGACCUGGCGAAUUGCGGAUGCAAUGUACACAAUAUAUAG